AUGACCUCAAUCUUGCCCCCUUUUCCUAAAUUUAUCUUCACUGUUUUUGAGCCUGUUUCACUUGUGGCUGGUUUCAUAGGCGCAAUAAUCUCCCCAGAGUGGUUUAUUGAGGAACAGAUUGCGUUUUCACCCCGUGGAGCUGUCAGUGAUAAUGCGCGGCUUGUUGCCCUACAAUUGGGCAAUAUAUAUCUGCUGUUAGCCAUGAUAGGAAUCGCCGUCCUUUACAGUACACGAGAGGCAAAGGUUGUUAGGAAUUAUCUCAUUGCUUUGUGGCUGGCUGAUGUUGGCCAUCUUGCUGUUACCUAUCAUAUUUUGGGGUGGGAAAGGGUCGUGGAUUUUGCGCAAUGGAAUUCAAUGACUUUUGGAAACAUAGGAGCAACGCUAUUCUUGUUCUUAACACGGUCAGCAUAUCUCCUUGGCGGGUUCGGUCCAGACAGGAAGAGUGCCAUGAAGCUUGCUUAA